AGGUGUAUUAUUCAGCAUAGAGGUAACAACGGUUUACUUCGCAGUGAGAAACUACUGGAGAGGUUUUUUUGCUGCUGUAUGUGGCGCGUCAACCUUUCGUUUGUUAGCUGUUUGGUUUCAGAAGGCAGAGACCGUUUUAGCUAUAUACAGAACCAAUUUUUACAUGGAUUUUCCCUUCGAUCCUCAGGAACUUUUUGUAUUCGCACUUCUUGGAGCAUUUUGUGGACUAGGUGCUUCCUUUUAUGUUUGGGUUCACCGUCAGUACGUAAUCUUCAUGAGGAAUAGCAAAUCCUUGAAUAAAUUUUUAACAAAAAAUCGUUUCAUAUAUCCAGGAAUAGUGUCCUUAUUCGUCGCUAGUGUUUCCUUUCCUUUGGGUUUAGGACAGUUCGUUGCCGGAGAACUUACCACGCACGAACAAGUUUUCGCUCUGUUCAGCAACUUCACUUGGACCGAUCAAAAUUUGACAGUACAGGAGGAGUAUAAACUAAGUCAUUGGAAAACUCCCUGGACUGGAGUUCUGACUAAUUUAGUUUGUUGUAUAGUUUUUAAUUUUAUAACUUCAAUAAUAUGCUCAACGUUACCAGUACCAAGUGGCAUCUUUAUACCGGUGUUCAAAAUUGGAGCUGCCUUUGGAAGAAUAGUAGGAGAGCUAAUGCAUCUUUGGUUUCCAUCAGGUAUGAGGUACGGCGGCAAAGUAGCCAAAAUCAUUCCUGGUGGAUAUGCCACUGUAGGUGCUGCUGCUUUUAGUGGAGGAGUAACGCACACAAUUUCUGUAUCUGUGAUAGUAUUUGAAAUGACAGGACAAAUUACUCAUAUCAUACCAAUUAUGAUAUCGGUUUUAAUUUCAAAUGCGAUUUCAAGUUUACUUGCACCAAGUAUUUAUGACAGUAUUAUACUCAUCAAGAAAUUGCCAUAUCUUCCGGAUUUACUACCAAGUAGUAGUGGUAUUUACAAUAUUUAUGUCGAAGAUUUCAUGGUGAGAGAUGUUAAAUAUAUUUUCUAUGGAAUGACAUAUGAGCAAUUGAAAACUCUUCUCAAAGAAAAUAGACGAUUACAAAGUUUUCCUUUAGUUGAUAAGCCUGACAGUAUGGUACUUCUUGGUUCUAUAAGAAGACUUCAUUUGAUUCAGUUAAUCGAAAAACAUAUUGGACGAGAACGUAGAUUACAGAUUGUUGCUAUCAGACAGAAGGAAGCUGAAGAAAAGGCUCAAGCUGAAGCUGAAGAAAGAAAAAGAAGGCCAUCCAGAUUUCAAGUUGUUCCAGCACCUGACGUACUUCAACGACAACAUUCUGUGGGGGAAUUGGAACCCAAAGUAGCGAAAACUUUCAAUCCCGUAUUUGGUUCCGCUCCCAAAAAGUCCAUACUCAAGAAAACAAAUUCCGUCACAAUCCAUAAAGGAUCUGCACCGUAUUUAUCGGCUAGUCCUACAGCAACACCCUACAGUACAGUUACAGGGGCAGAAAGUAGAUUAAGAUCGGCGUUUGAUUCUCUAUUUAGAAAAAGUAAUCUCACCGCAAGUGCAAGUGAUGAGGAUGAGCACAGUUUAGUAAGAGUUGGAUCUUUGGGAAGAAGACCACAAAUUAUUUCUUUAAGUCCGAGUUUUAAGAAAGUUCAGUUGCCUAAAGAACGUGUAUGUGACAUGAAUCCAGAAGACCAGAAAAAAUGGGAAGAAGAGCAAAUGUCACUUCCUGUCGAAUUCAUCUGUAAUAUUGAUCCAGCACCCUUCCAAUUAGUAGAAAGGACUUCCUUAUUGAAAGUCCAUUCAAUAUUUUCGAUGGUUGGAGUCAAUCAUGCCUACGUAACGGCAAUCGGCAAACUAGUGGGGGUAGUAGGUUUAAAGGAACUGAGAAAAGCUAUAGAAGAUGCUAACAGCGGUAAUUUACCUCCUAGUGUAUUGGACAUAAACGGGGUAAAUGGGUUAAAUGAUUUGCCAGAUGAACAUGAGAAUGAACCAAAUGUGACAACGAAUUUAAUGGUUAAAGAUUCGCAAGUGUAAUUUUUAAGGUCAUUUCGCAAGAGAGUGAAAUUGAAAAUUGGAUUUAAAUUAUGACUUCAAAAUAGGCAUUUUUUUUGUCGGUACUGAUAAAUAAUUUUGUUCAGUAUUCGUAGAAAUGAUGUACGAAUAUCAAAUAAAUGCAUAUAUGGAUAUAUCAGGGCGAUAGCAUGAGAAAACGGAAAGAUGAAAUAGCUAUCAAAUUAAUGUUCAAAAGUUCAUUUCAUUUAUCUACACUUGAUAUCUUGAUAUGCAGCCAGUAGCUUUAAAACAGUAUUUAACGUGAACUAUUUACGGUAUUAUAUAACGUGAAUAUAUUUUUUUUAAUAAUAUCUGGUUAGCACUUUUAUAUAAAUUCUUAUCCCUGCCUCAAGUACUAAAUACCAGCGUUCAUUUUUUAAUAUGGACAUAUUCUCGAAACAUUUACGCUCCAGUCACAUGUACUGGAUAGUACGAAAGCUAUUCUCUCACAAUUAAUCACAAUUAAUUGCCAGAUAGUAAGUCACAAUUGCGAGAUAUUAAGUCACAAUCGUGAGUUAGUAACUCACAAUUGCGUGAUAUUAAGUCACAAUUGCGAGAUAGUAACUUAUAAUUGUGAGAUAUUAAGUCGUAAUUGUGAGAUAAUAAGUCACAAUUUUAUUGCGAGAUAAUUUUUUUUAUAUAUAUAAAAAGGUGGCCCCAGGAAGUUUUCGUAGGAUAGUGUAUAUAUGGUACCUAAUAUCCGUCAUCAAAGUAUACAGGGUGGGCCACUUAAAAGUUCCACCAUCCUUAUUCUCGUUAUUCAUUGAGAUAUCGGAAAAUUGUUUAUUUUGUUUGAAAGAGUGGAAUAAAUACUGUCUUAUGAAGGAUUCAAUUGUUCUGUGACAUCACGGCUUACUUCCGGUUUUUCCGGAAGUAACAGAAAAUCGCAAUUUAUUUUUUAUUUUUAAACUGAAACCCACUUUUUUAUUGUAAAUUUGAAUUUCUGGGACAUUUUUGUAUAAUAAUCGUGUAUUGAAUUUUUUCUGGCAGCUGUCAAAAUGGCCACCAUAUUGGAAAAAAAAUGGGAUUCUAUGAUCAAUUUUUACGAUUACAAU